AUGGCGACAAUACAUCAACCCACGGCGUCGAGCUCGAGCGCGACGUUACAGUCUACGCUCGGCGAAGAGAUUCUCAGGACUGAGCGGAGGAUCGAAGAGUACGGCGGCGACGAUCCUGAAGAACCGCCUGUCAAGUCGCCUUUGCCCGACAACGCAACAUCGAGGAGGCCAUCAUCAACGCACAAGGACGAGCACGACCCGAACCUGGUGCGCUUCGAGGGCCCGGAUGAUAUGGGCAACCCACACAACUGGUCGAGGACGUAUAGAUGGUUCUUGACGAUGAUAUGCUCGUUGUUGACGGUUAACGUGACGUUCGCGUCGUCUGCGCCGACGUCUGCUGCCGGACUCGUUCAACAAGAAUUUGGCGUAUCGAGCGAAGUCGCGGAUCUGCUUACGAGCUUGUUUCUGGUCGGAUACGUCGCGGGACCGAUAUUCUGGGGUCCUGGAUCUGAAGUCUUUGGACGGCGUCCGGUCUUCAUUCUUACGAUGACAUGCUACACUCUCUUCAUCCUCGGCCAAUCCCUCGCCCAAAACGCCCCCACACUCCUCAUAACGCGCUUCCUCUCCGGCUUCUUCGCCUGCGCACCACUCACAAACGCCGGCGGCGUGAUCGUUGACAUCUGGGACCCCGUCGCGCGCGGGACAGCCUCGUCCGUCUUCGUCUCGAUGGUCUUCCUCGGCCCGGUCCUGGGUCCGGUCGUAGCGGGCUUCAUCGCACAAGAUACGGGCGACUUUCGCUGGGUGUUCUGGGUCAUGUUCAUAUUCGCGGGUGUAUGCUCGGCUCUGGCGGCCGUGUUCUUGCCCGAGACGUACGGCCCGCGUAUCCUCGAGCUGCACGCGAGAAAGCUGCGAAAGGAGGACCCGGUCAAGAACAAGGACCUGUACGCCGAGGCCGAGAAGCAUGGGUGGGAUUUCGCGAGUCUGAUCGAUCGUACGAUCAAGCGCCCGUUCAAGAUGCUCGCAUCUGAGCUCAUCUUGUUGCUCAUCACGAUCUACAUGUGUUUCAUCUAUGGCAUCUUGUACGGACUGUUCGAAGCGGUCCCGAUCAUCUUUGCUGAGAAACGCGGAUUCACAGUCUCACAGACCGGGCUGGCGUUCAUUGGUGUGGGCAUCGGCGUCGUGCUCAGCUGCUUCGUCGGCAUAUACACCUCCAGGUCGUACCCCGCUCUCGUCAAAGAAUGGCGAGGCUUUCCUCCGCCCGAACAUCGUCUGUACGGCGGAAUGAUCGCGGGCCCUUCGAUGGUCAUCGGCGCGUUCUGGUUGGGGUGGACUGGGGCUUAUCCUGAUGUGCAUUGGGCUGUACCUGCGGUUAGUCUGCUGUUCAUCGGGAUGAGCGUCACACUCGUAUUCAUCUCGUUCAUCAGCUACCUAGUAGACACCUACCUCAUGUACGCCGCCUCCGCCCUCGCAGCCAACACGAUCGCCCGAUCAGCAGUUGGCGCCGCCUUUCCACUCUUUACUGUCCAGAUGUACCAUGGCAUGGGCAUUCAGUGGGCGAGCACUCUCAUUGGGCUCGUGGCGCUGCUGCUUGCGCCUAUGCCGUUUUUGUUCUUUAGGUAUGGGGCGAGAAUACGGGCGGGGUCGAGGUUUGCGCCGGGGGUGGAUUUGAGGAUUAGGAGGGAGAUUGAGGAGGAGAAGGGAGGUAAGAAGGGAGUUGAGGUUUGA